AUGCAAAAUUGCAAGAACAAGGCCCCAUUCUCCCGCUUUCCAUCACCCCGCCCCAUUUUCCCGCUUUCCAUCACCCCGCCCGAUUCUCCCGCUUUCCAUCACCCCGCCCCAUUCUCCCGCUUUCCAUCACCCCGCCCCAUUCUCCCGCUUUCCAUCACCCCGCCCCAUUCUCCCGCUUUCCAUCACCCCGCCCCAUUCUCCCUCCUUCCAUCACCCCGCCCAAUUCUCCCUCCUCCCAUCACCCUGCCCCAUUCUCCCGCUUCCCAUAACCCCACCCCAUUCUCCCGCUUUCCAUCACCCCGCCACAUUCUCCCACUUUCCAUCACUCCGCCCCCUUCUCUCUCCUUCAAUCACCCUGCCCCAUUCUCCCGCAUUCCACCACCCCGCCCCAUUCUCCCGCUUUCCAUCACCCCGCCCCAUUCUCCCGCUUUCCAUCACCCCACCCCAUCCUCCCACCUUCUAUCACCCCGCCCCAUUCUCCCUCCUUCCAUCACCCCGCCCCAUUCUCCCGCUUUCCAUCACCUCGCCCCAUUCUCCCGCUUUCCAUCACCCCGCCCCGUCCUCCCACUUUCCAUCACCCCGCCCAAUUCUCCUGCUUUCCAUCACCCCGCCCCAUUCUCCCGCUUUCCAUCACCCCGCCCAAUUCUCCCGCUUUCCAUCACCCUGCCCCCCCAUUCUCCCUCCUUCCAUCACCCCGCCACAUUCUCCCACUUUCCAUCACCCCGCCCCAUUCUCCCUCCUUCCAUCACCCCGCCCCAUUCUCCCGCUUCCCAUAACCCCACCCCAUUCUCCCGCUUUCCAUCACCCCGCCACAUUCUCCCACUUUCCAUCACCCCGCCCCCUUCUCUCUCCUUCCAUCACCCUGCCCCAUUCUCCCUCCUUCCAUCACCCCGCCCCAUUCUCCUGCUUUCCAUCAGCCCGCCCCAUUCUCCCACUUUCCAUCACCCCGCCCCAUUCUUCUGCUUUCCAUCACCCCGCCCCCUUCUCCCGCUUUCCAUCACCCCACACCAUUCACCUGCUUUCCAUCACCCGCCCCAUCUCCCGCUUUCCAUCACCCCGCCCCAUUCUCCCGCUCUCCAUCAACCCGCCCCAUUCUCCCGCUUUUCAUCACCCCGCCCCAUUCUCCCGCUUUCCAACACCCCUCCCCAUUCUCCCGCUUUCCAUCACCCCGCCCCAUUCUCCCGCUUUCCAUCACCCCGCCCCAUUGUCCCGCUUUCCAUCACUCCGCCCCAUUCUCCCGCUUUCCAUCACCCCUCCCCAUUCUCCCGCUUUCCAUCACCCCGCCCCAUUCUCCCGCUUUCCAUCACCCAGCCCCAUUUUCCCGCUUUCCAUCACCCCGCCCCAUUUUCCCGCUUUCCAUCACCCCGCCCCGUUCUCCCGCUUUCCAUCACCCUUCCCCAAUCCCCCGCUUUCCAUCACCCCGCACCAUUCUCCCUCCUUCCAUCACCCCGCCCCAUUCUCCCGCUUUCCAUCAGCCCGCCCCAUUCUCCCACUUUCCAUCACCCCGCCCCAUUUUCCCGCUUUCCAUCUCCCCGCCCCAAUCUCCCGCUUUCCAUCACCCUGCCCCAAUCUUCCGCUUUCCAUCACCCCGCCCCAUUCUCCCUCUUUCCAUCACCCCGCCCCAUUCUCCCGCUUUCCAUCACCCCGCCCCAUUCUCCCGCUUUCCAUCACCCCGCUCCAUUCUCCCGCUUUCCAUCACCCCGCCCCAUUCUCCCGCUUUCCAUCACCCCGCUCCAUUCUCCCGCUUUCCAUCACCCCGCCCCAUUCUCCCGCUUUCCAUCACCCCGCCCCAUUCUCCCUCUUUCCAUCACCCUGCCCCAUUCUCCCUCUAUCCAUCACCCCGCCCAAUUCUCCCGCUUUCCAUCACCCCGUCCCAUUCUCCCUCUUUCCAUCACCCCGCCCCAUUCUUUUGCUUUCCAUCACCCCACCCCAUCCUCCCUCUUUCCAUCACCCCGCCCCAUUCUCCCGAUUUCCAUCACCCCGCCCCGUUCCCACGCUUUCCAUCACCCCGCCCCAUUCUCCCGUUUUCCAUCAUCCCGCCCCAUUCUCCCGCUUUCCAUCACCCCGCCCCAUUCUCCCUCUUUCCAUCACCCCACCCCAUUCUUCCUCUUUCCAUCACCCCGCCCCAUUCUCCUGAUUUCCAUCACCCCGCCCCAUUCUCCCAAUUUCCAUCACCCCGCCCCAUUCUCCCUCUUUCCAUCACCCCGCCCCAUUCUCCCUCUUUCCAUCACCCCGCCCCACUCUCCCGCCUUCCAUCACCCCGCCCAAUUCUCCCUCUUUCCAUCACCCCGCCCCAUUCUCCCUCUUUCCAUCACCUCGUCCCAUUCUCCCGCUUUCCAUCACCCCGCCCCAUUCUCCCUCUUUCGAUCACCCCGCCCGAUUCUCCCUCUUUCCAUCACCCCGCCCCAUUCUCCCGCUUUCCAUCACCUCGCGCCAUUUUCCCUCUUUCCAUCACCCCGCCCCAUUCUCCCGCUUUCCAUCACCCCGCCCCAUUCUCUCGCUUUCCAUCAUCCCCCUCCAUU